AUUAGUCUAAAAAAAAAGAACCAUGGCUGAAGCGGGUGGUGAAAAAUUAUCAAAAAAUGAGCUCAAAAGGCGAUUGAAAGCUGAACAAAAACAAAAAGAAAAACUUGAAAAAGAAGCCCAAGCAGCUGCUGCUGCUGCUGCAGAUGUCAAAUCAAAUGACAAUGUCAAGGGACUAUUGAAUCAAGAAAAUAUAAGUCCAAAUGAAUAUUUUAAAUUACGUUCAAAUGCUGUAGCACAAUUGAAAGAUGCAAAUGAACAUCCAUAUCCUCAUAAAUUUAAUGUAUCAAUAUCAUUAGAAAAAUUUAUUGAUAAAUACAAUGAUGAAAAAUUAAAAUCUGGUGAAAUACUUGAUAAAGAAAUACAAAGUAUUGCUGGACGUAUUCAUUCAAUAAGAAAAGCUGGUGCAAAAUUAAUAUUUUAUGAUGUACGUGGUGAGGGUAUUAAAUUACAAGUUAUGGUUAAUGCACGUUAUUAUGAAAAUGAAGUUUCAUUUGAACAUGAUAAUAAUAAAAUUGGACGUGGUGAUAUUGUUGGUAUUGUUGGUGUACCAACUAAAACAAAAUCCGGUGAAUUUUCAAUGUUAUCACAUAAAAUAACAUUGUUAAGUCCAUGUUUACAUAUGUUACCACAUUUACAUUUUGGAUUAAAAGAUAAAGAAACAAGAUUUCGUCAAAGAUACUUGGAUCUUAUAUUGAAUAAUGAUGUUAGAAAAAAAUUCCAUAUAAGAGCUAAAAUAAUAGCUUAUGUUAGAAAAUUUUUGGAUGAAAUGGGAUUUUUAGAAGUUGAAACACCAAUGAUGAAUAUGAUUGCUGGUGGUGCAACUGCUAAGCCAUUUGUAACACAUCAUAAUGAUCUUAAUAUGGAUCUUUUUAUGAGAAUAGCACCAGAAUUAUAUCUCAAGAUGCUUGUUGUUGGUGGUAUUGAUAGAGUCUAUGAAAUUGGUAGAUUAUUUAGAAAUGAAGGAAUUGAUUUAACUCAUAAUCCUGAAUUUACAACAUGUGAAUUUUAUAUGGCAUAUGCUGAUUACAAUGAUCUCAUGAAAAUAACUGAAGAAAUGUUAUCUGGUAUGGUUAUGAGUAUUCAUGGUUCAUAUAAAAUAAAAUAUCAUCCUGAUGGACCAGAUGGUGAAUGUGUUGAAGUUGAUUUUACACCACCAUUUAGAAGAAUACCAAUGAUGAAAACAUUGGAAGAAAAAUUAAAUGUUAAAAUGCCAGAUGCUGAUAAAUUAAAUACACCAGAGGCUAAUAAAUUUUUAAGUGAUUUAUGUACAAAACAUCAAGUUGAAUGUCCAGAACCAAGAACAACAGCAAGAUUACUUGAUAAACUUGUUGGUGAUUAUUUAGAAGAAACAUGUAUUAAUCCAGCAUUUAUAAUGGAUCAUCCACAAAUAAUGUCACCACUUGCUAAAUGGCAUCGUUCAGAAAUUGGUCUUACUGAAAGAUUUGAACUUUUUGUUAUGAAAAAAGAAGUAUGUAAUUCUUAUACUGAAUUAAAUGAUCCAUUAGUACAAAGAGAAAGAUUUGAACAACAAGCUAAAGAUAAAGCUGCUGGUGAUGAUGAAGCACAAAUGGUUGAUGAAAAUUUUUGUACAUCACUUGAAUAUGGUCUUCCACCAACUGCUGGAUGGGGUCUUGGUAUUGAUAGACUAACAAUGUUUUUAACUGAUUCAAAUAAUAUCAAGGAAGUCUUACUAUUUCCAGCAAUGAAACCAGAUGAUCAAAAUAAAAAUAAAGAAUCAGAUGAUACAACUAAAGCUGAUAAUUCUACUCCAGAAAAAUAAUAUCAUUGUGACGCUUGAUAACUUGAAUUUUGUUUCAAUAAAAUAAAUACUUGAAAAAUUA